AUGAAAGCCUCUCGGGUGCUGUUAGUUGUGCCAGCCUUGGCCAACCUGGCGGCAACCCAAGAGAGCAUUGAUUUCUUCAGCGUCAUCGCUUCCGAGGCCGGUUCGGUCUAUACACAGGUCAAUUCCAUCUUGUCGUCUGCGGCCUCAGCCGCUUCAGCAGCAGCAGCGUCUGCAACCGCGUCAACCACGAGCGACACUACGACUACCACCAAUGCACCUACUCUCAGCGCGUCCGACCCGCUGACAGCAAGCGACGGUACCGCCUCUACGUCUGUCUCGCCGUCAGAAUUGUCCAGCUCAACUUCAACAUCAGAUUCUUCAACCACGUCAGGAUCUUCAGCCGUCUUCGGAUCGAUCAAUUCCUCUUCUCCUACACCGAGCACCACCUCUCAUACCAGUUCCCAGACCUCCUCAUCGGAUCCUACAUCUCUCUUGACAUUGUCGACGCCGAUAGUGGGGACAUCUUCAGGGUUCGGAGCUGCCGCGGAGACUGCCACGACCCUACCUUCGGCAUCAAGGUCCAGUCAUGGCAACAAUGUGGCAAUCAUCCUUGGGUGUGUCCUUGGCGCUUUGGCACUCGGAUUCUUCAUCCUGGCCCUGGUAAUCUGCUGCAAGCGCAGGAGACAUGGUUCCUCGCCCCGCCACAGCGCCCUUUCUGGGGGUGACGAUGAGGUGGAAGCCUGGAGAGAGCCUCAGCCCGCUGGUAUCCUCCCAAGUCGUGGCUCUUCACGUCAUGCUCGUGGCGUCUCGGGCACAGCACCUCUUAUGGCCGAGCAUCCGGCCUACCGCAACGCUGCGCCACUUGAGAACCCGUUCGCUCCUAUCCCACCUCGACCAAGGCGGGCGCCGCCUCCUCCCCGAGCUGGCUUGACAGACGGCACGAUUCCUGGUGACGACCCGUUCGCCAACCCAAUCGCUCGGCCUCCAAGCAUUCGCAGUCAAUCGUCCACAAGCAGUUCUCUACCUAAAAGUGGUAUUGCAGCCGGUAUUGCAGCUGCUGCAGCUGGCGGAGCGCUCAUGCACGAACAGGACAAGCAUGAACUCGAUGGAGCGAGCUUGUCAAACGACAAACCCGUGCCCGAACCUGCUGUCGGUCGCCGAGUCAGUCGCAAGCCCGUACCUGUUAGUCGUGUCGACAACAAGGAUUGGCCGUACUCUCCCGUCUCGCCUAUCGAUCCCGCCGCCGAGCUGGCUGCACUAACGACAACGAGCCCGGCGAGAAACAGCGACGAAAGCCAUCGGAGCUUCGGUCGUGACGCAGCUCGAGCCAACACAGCGUUUGACCAGGAAUAUGCACUACCCAAUGAUGGCAGCCGUAGCCAUAGUCGUGACCACAGCCUGGAAGCAGCUGCCGCUGGGCUCGCUGCUGGAGCCGUAGGAGGUGCUGCCCUGCCCCAUCGUCCCACCGGUCAAGAACGCCACCGCUCACGAAGCAGUAGCAGCAGCAACAGCAACAACCACAACAACAGCAAUCGACGCUCCCGACCUCCACUGGCUAUCCCAGGUGACGACUCCGAUCAUUCGAGCUCAAGCAAGAACUUCAGAGAAAGCAGAAACAGCCGCAGCGGCAGUUACAAUGAUGUAUUUGCCUCGCAGCCGCAAGAGAUGGUGAAUCCAGAGCACGGUGACCUUUACGGCGUGCCUUUCACACCGGGCCCCCGCUCGCGAAAGAAUAGCGGUCAAGGCUCGCCUGUCCCUGGCGCUGCAGCAUUCAACUACGCAAACCGGCCGACCAUCCCAUCUCCACUAUCCAGCGAAGUGCGUCCAGACAGCCGUGCAGGCCAACCGCCUCCACGAAGCAAAGCACGCCGCAGCACCAGCGGCGGAUCACGAUACUCGUUCCCCUACGAACCCAUGGAGCACGACUAUGGGACCUAUCCAGUCUUCUCUGGACCGCGUGCAGGGACUAGUCACGGCAACGCCGGCUCAAGCGAGGCUAUUCCCUCUCUCUCAACACUCCCCCAACAGCCACACCCUACCGCCAACCCCAACCCAGACAGAGCCAUCGUCGGCGACAACAGGUACCCGCACAUGAACGUGCCGCGCCGCAAGAGCGGUGGCGAUUACGACAUCUCCGGAGAAUCGCUCGGUGCUCAAAUGGCCCCUCAAGACACAAGACCGUUCAGUCUCGGCAUGUCACGCAACGCGGCCAUAAAAAGCUGGAGCGGCGACGACUCAUCCUGGCGCAUCAGUGACGGUAUGCCGAGCGGGUGGCAGCGCGCCAGCAUCGACAGCCCACGCAACAGUCGAGACCUGGGCACUCGUGACUCGGGAGUCGGCAUGAACGCCGGGAAGAGGCGGUUGAGGGCGAGUGACCUCGCUGGCAGGGACGACGGGCCCUACGCCGGCCUUGGACGGGCUCUGUAA